AUGGCGCCUCCAUCUCUCUUCAUUCUCCUCAUCGCCGCCUCUCUCACCCUCUUCAAUCCAUCCUCCUCCGCCGCCGCCUCCGCUUCUCCCCCAACCACCUCACCCCCAUCACCGCCACCACAACCACCUCUUCCACCACCUCCAUCACCAUCGCCACCUCCACCUCCAUCACCAUCACCACCGCCGCCGUCACCUCCAUCAUCACCUCCGCCGCCGCGAUCAAGAAUCUCAAGACCAUCACGACUUCCGCCGUCGCCUCCAUCCCCACUGCCUCCGCCUCUUCCGGCGGCAAGAGCGACGGGGCAGCAACUCAACAACAUCAUCGACGCUUUGAUCGGCUCAGGCGACUUCGGGAGCUGGGUCAACAUCAUCACGGCCGCGAAUCCGCUCGCCCUUCCACUGAGCGCCACCGUCUUCGUGCCUCAAAACGACGCCGUGUCUCGCGUGCCGGCCGCCGACCCGUUCCUGUUGCCUUACCACGUGGUGCCUCAGCGGCUCACCUUCGCCGACCUCCGCCUCUUCAAGACCAACUCUCGCCUCCCGACUCUCCUUCCCGGAAAGUUCAUCGUCGUCACCAGCAAUUCCGAGUCCAAUUUCACCGUCGACGACUCGACUAUCACCCAGCCCGACGUCUACGUCACCGCCAACGUCGUCGUCCACGGCGUCGCUAGGGUUCUUGAUUACUCUGUUUACGGCGUCGCAACCGUCGACUCUAUGCCGAAGCCAAAGCAGCAGCAGUCGCCAGCGCCGCCAUCGCCGCCGAGUCCAGGGCAGCUUCUUCCCGCCGGCGUCAGCAUCCCGUCGUGGAAGUCCGGUGCGACAACGCCGUGCCUCUGCGUUCAGUUUCCGGUUGGAUUAAUGGUGGCUUGUGCAGUUUUGGGGUUGAGGAAUUACAUUUGGUGA